CUAUAAGACCCUCAACCUCCUCUGGUUUCCCUGCGCACACGCUCGCACGCAGGAACACAGAGCCACGAACGUUUCUGCCCCGGAGUUUGAGGAGCGCUCCUCAGGACAUCAUGGGUUUAAGCUAAGAGCAGCGCUCGGCUGGACAAUCCAUCAUUUAAGACGACGCCCGGGACGAAGCCGAGGAGCCGCAUCGACCUCCACCAUGGUCGCCCACGACCUCCCCCUCCCCAACGCCACCACCAACCUGAGCUCCGCCGCCCCCGGCUGCGCGGACUGGCCCCCCGUCGCCAUGACGACGGCCAUCCCGGCCGUCUACGGCGUGGUGUGCGUGCUGGGCGCCGCCGCCAACGCGCUGGCCGCGUGCGUGCUGGCGCGCGGCGCCGCCUCCCGGAGGACCGUCGCCAACACCUUCAUGCUCAACCUGUGCGUGUCCGACCUGCUCUUCCUGCUGUCGCUGCCGCUGUGGGCCGUCUACUACGCCCGGGGCUACCGCUGGCCCUUCGGCUGGCUGGCCUGCAAGGCGUGCGGGGCGCUCCUCAACCUCAACCUCUACGCCUCCAUCUUCUUCAUCACGUGCAUGAGCAUGGACCGCUACCUGGCCAUCGUGCACCCCCUGCGCUCCCAGGGCCUGCGGGACCCCAAGCGGGCCCGGCUCACGUGCCAGGUGGUGUGGGUCCUGGCCUGCGCCUGCUCCGCCCCCAACGUGGCCUUCAGGACCACGCAGUACCUGCCGGACUUGGGCGUGGAGGCCUGCGUGAUCAGCUACCCCGAUCACCAGUGGUACGUGGCCCUGAACUGCAUGAAGAUGGUGCUGGGCUUCCUGCUGCCGCUGGCGGUCAUCUGCUUUUGCUACGGCGCUAUUGGCAGGCACUUGUGGGUUUGGGCCGAUGCGGACGUGUUCGGCACGCGGGCGCCGUCGGAACCCCCCAGGGGUCCCUCGGCGGAGCCCCGCGAGAGCUGCGGCCGGCCGGAGCGGCCCCCCGCCCCCUGCGCGGGCCCCAGCUGCAGCACCGGCAGGUCCCUGGAGGGCCGCGGGCUGGAGCGGAUCCUGUGGACGGUGGCGGCGGUGGUGCUGGCCUUCUUCCUCUGCUGGUUCCCCUUCCACUGCGUGACUCUGCUGGCUGUGCUGAUGCACGAGGGCUGGUUGGAGGGCUGCUGGGUGAUGUGGGCCACCCACAACCUCACCCCUCUCACCCUCUGCCUGGGCUUCUCCAACUCGGCCAUCAACCCCCUGCUCUACUGCUUCGUGGGGAACCACUUCCGCGGGCGCCUCGGGGGCCUCUGCAGGGGCCUGAGGGCCCGGGGGGAGCGGCAGAGCCAGAAGAGGGGCUCGUUCAGCACCAGGCUCAGCUCGUUCUCAAGGAAACUCAGUGACCUGAAGGACCUUGUGAUUGUGGAGCCCACUAGUCCUGCUUAGACUUUCUUUACAGUAACGAUGCGACUGAUGAAAGAAGGACUCAAAUAAAGCCCAGUUAAAUCAGUGUGAAGACCAGCUCUCUACUGCAACAUAAUGCAAUGACCCAUGUCAUCCUCGCGCGUUGAGCAGUUUUAAACUGAUGACCUGAUGAUGAAACUUGACAAUGUAUGUGCAACGAUGAGCUCGACUCAGCUUAGCGACGCUUCAGCCCGCGUUCUGGCCUCGUGCCGACAGAAAGCUGUUUCAAACUAAACACGAGCUGACAGACGCUGACGUUGGAGGCAACUAAUAGCCAAGCACUAUAUCGUCUCAGGAAACUGGAAACAGAAACAGAGCUGAGGGGCUUUUAUCCGAGCCAGAAACAGAUGAACGAUAAUGGUCCUGCUGGAUGUGCAAAUGAGCAACUGGUAACAAUUUCUAAAAGUUCACCGCAUCCACUAAAAGGUGAGGGCAACAAUAUGAAGCUGUACAAAAGUUAUUAAGCUGUUAUUCUUUUAUUGUUCUUAUUUUCUAUGUAAUCAUAUAACUCUCCUUGUUUAAAUAACAAAUAAACUGAACCCAUUUAUCCCC